UAAUUUUUUUUCCCAAAAAUAAAAUAUAAAUCCCCAGUUUACGAACAAAUCCCUAAUUUUCGAUCGAUUGAAAAGAAAUCACGAAACCCUGCUCGUCAAGCAAUCGAAAUCUUCUAGGGUUUUGCUAUGAAAUGGCGGUGAAUUUCUUGUACCUGUCAGCGAUCUCGACGGUGGUGAGCUUCGUAGGGUUGCAGUGGUGGGUUUUCUCUUUAGUUGAUGGGAUUAAAGCCGACGGAUUGAUUGAUGGGGGUGAGAUCAGUUUGAAGAAUGUGAGGCGUGUCCUAGAGUUGGUCUUGGGAUCGAAUGUGACCGUAGCUUUGCUGGUGAAUUCUGUUGUGAAUUUGUUUGCCUUUUUGGUGCUCUCUCUCAAGACACUGUUCUUUGUCCAGCUAUAUCCAGCGGAGACCCGAAAAGUUCUGGAGCGUAUUGUUAAUUAUGUCAUUCAUAAGGGACUUUUUCUCCCAUUAGUUGUGCCACCAAAUACCUUCCAGACAGUUCUCUGGUCAAGUUGGUUGAUCAUUCUCUGUACGCUAAAGAUGUUCCAGUCAUUGGCUAGAGAUCGGCUUGAUCGGCUAAAUGCAUCCCCUACUGCAACACCUUCAAAAUACUUUCGUGUUUUUUCCUCCCUUUUGCUCGUUUUAGUUGCUGAUACCCUUUGGAUUAGGUUGUGCCUGAAGAUAUACAGAUCUUUCACCUCUAACUUAUUUUUGCUGCUGUUCUUUGAGCCGCUUAGCAUUGCUUUUGAGACACUGCAGGCUAUCAUGGUACAUGGAUUUCAGUUAAUUGAGAUUUGGCAACGACAUUCAGUUGACUGCGGUGCUGAUUGCUUAGGUUCUCUUACCCUAUUUAAAUCAGCUUCAGGAUCGCUAUCGGAGUGGAAGGGUAUCAUGAUCCGAAAUUGCGGUUUUCUCCUAGAUAUGUUGACUUUAUCUAUGUCACUAGGUCAUUACCUGAUCAUAUGGUGGCUUCAUGGCAUGGCAUUUCAUCUUGUCGAUGCAGUCCUUUUACUAAACUUUCGUGCUCUUGCUGGUGCUACUGUGAAGCGAAUAAGAGGAUACAUAAGGUUGAGGGGAGCCCUGAAUUCACUUAAUGGGGCACUUCCUGAUGCUACAUAUGAGGAGCUUUCUGCAUUUGAUGAUGAAUGUGCUAUUUGUAGGGGACCAAUGGCCAGAGCUAAAAAGCUAUCUUGUAAUCAUCUUUUCCACCUUGCGUGCUUGAGAUUGUGGUUGGAUCAGGGCAUGGCUGAUGUGUACUCAUGCCCCACAUGCCGAAGACCUCUUUUUCUGUCUAAUUUCCCAGAUUCUGCAAGUUCCAUCCCUGUGCAGGGAAUAAAUAAUGAUCGACUCACUGAGGAAGUUAGUAUGGGACUACAUGCCCGUCCUCUGCCAGUGGGGUUAUUACCUAAUCAGCAACAGAACCCAUCUGAUGCAAUGUGGAGGGGAGGAGGGUUUGAGUCUAGUUGGGUUCCUCCUUGGCCAAAUACUGGAAUGGAUUCCACAGCAGCAUCCAGUUCAGUUAGAUCUGUUGGACUUAGUGGAGUCCAGUUGAUGAUGAGACAACUCGCAUCUGUUAGAGAAGGCUACGGUCAGGGAUCACAAGAUAAUGUCACCGCUUGGAACUUGUGGUCUACUCACCAAGCUUCAGCCUCUUCCUCUGUACCCCGGCCAUCAUCUUCCCUUAGAUUCAACAGCAACACAGCAGGUUUACGGUUUCGAAACACCACACUCCCUUUAAAUGGAAAUAAUAUGCCCAACUUACAUGACAUGGUAGAUAGAGUUCGCGAGGUUUUGCCUCACAUCCCCGACGAAUUAAUCAUCGAGGAUCUUCGGAGGACCAAUGAUAUCAAUAUCACUGUGAAUAAUCUUCUUCUGGUGCAAUGACUUCAUCAUGAGUUGGUACAUAAUUUGUUGACACGUCAAGGCGUCAGAAAACAUUUGUAUAUUAGCGGCAAUUGAGAGAGGUGAGUUUGUAUUAGAAGGUUGUCCUGAGGAUUGACGCAUUAAAUAAAUUGUUUAUAGUCUCUCCUUUUGCUUGACACUGUUAUUUUUCAUAUUUAUUAAUUAGCUUAAAUGAAUGUAUAGAAAGGGUACUUGCAUAGUUGCAAUAUAAUGUUUCAAUUUGUGUGCAAAUCCUAUGAAUAUUAUUUGGGGCCUAGUAGUAAAUUAUUUCCGAUCUA